AUGACUCUCCUGAAAUCAAUUACUUCCAUGGGUGGCGUGUCAACCAGUGCCUUGUCCAAGAGCGUAGUUUCUGGUGGAAUGUCCAGUUCAUCGAUCCAGGGAUCAAACUCGGUUGCCUGUGGCGGUUGUAGCCCAUGUGGACCAAACAUUGAUAUCAAUGUCGAUGUCGAUGUCAACCUCAACCUCAACGGUCUCCUCGGAGGUGUCCUCGGUUGUGUUGGUGGUCUCCUUGGAGGAAUCUGUCUCUAA